UCUCUUUCUCACCCAGACAACCAAUCGUACGUCACCACCAUUUCCGCUUUUUUCUCUCUUUCUUUCUCUCUCUCUCUCUCUCUCUCUCUGUCUGACUGUCUUUCGUCUCAGAAUUUUCUACUUGUUGAAACGACGUCGGAGCAGUCAUGAUCAGCUCCUCCAUUUCUCGAUCAGAGCUCGGUACCGCUACGCAAAUUAGUUUCAUCUAGGGUUUUUGGUUAGCUUGCCCCGCGGAUUUCACCAUGGAUUCCAACUCCGAGCUGUACCGGCUGAGCUUGGGAGCUGUUGAGAGUCAAAGGUUUGACCGCGAUACGACUGCCGUGCGGCGCGAGAGUUUAGAAGCGGCGCAAGGGAAGUGUACUUCAUUUGUUCAGGGUAUGGAUGGCGCGCAGCUGGUCGGUGGUCCGGUGAUGCAGGUUGGUGGCGGGAUGGCGCCGUCUACGGUGGCUGCUGGUGUGAACACUUCAGUGGCGACGGUGAUCGGGCCGGAGAAGAGGAAGCGGGGGCGGCCGCCGCGGGGGCAGGCUGCGGGGAAACCUCCACCGCCCAAAAGGAAGGUAGAGGAGGAGGAGGAAGACGUGUGCUUUAUAUGCUUCGAUGGUGGUUCUCUUGUGCUGUGCGAUCGCAAGGGAUGCCCGAAGGCAUAUCAUCCAGCUUGUAUCAAGCGGGAUGAGGCAUUUUUCCGCUCUAAGGCUAAAUGGAAUUGUGGUUGGCAUAUUUGUAGUGUGUGUCAGAAGGCUUCCCAUUAUAUGUGCUAUACUUGUACAUAUUCAUUAUGCAAGGGUUGCAUUACAAAUGCUGAUUACUUCUCUGUCCGAGGAAACAAAGGCUUUUGUUCUACGUGCAUGAGAACUAUCAUGUUGAUUGAAAACAAAGAUGAAGCAAAUAAGGAAACGCAGGUUCAAGUAGAUUUUGAUGACAAAAGUAGCUGGGAGUAUCUUUUCAAGGUAUAUUGGAUGUACUUGAAAGGAAAGUUAUCAUUAACAUUAAAUGAGCUUAUUCAAGCAAAAAACCCGUGGAAAGAAGCAGUUGCAGCACAGAGCAACCUCCAAUUGGCUAAUGCAAAUGAUAGUAAAGGUGUUUUUGGCAAGCCUUCUGAGCAAAUAGAAGUUAAGAAUCACAUGGAAAGGGAAGAGAUAGCUAAGAAAGAUUCUUUAAGUUCUGAAAAUCAAAGUGCUGCGAAAUCCGAAAAUGCAGGUAUUGCCAUUUCUAAUGAACAUUUGGGGCUGAUGAAUCCUAAUGUGCCUCAAAACAAUGAUAAGCUUGGCUCUGCUAAUGGCUCAGAUAUGACGGGAUACACAGAAUGGGCAACUAAAGAGUUGUUGGAGUUUGUUGCACACAUGAAAAAUGGUGAUACAUCAGCUCUAUCUCAGUUUGAUGUUCAGGCACUUUUGCUAGACUACAUAAAGAGGAAUAAUCUUCGAGACCCACACAAGAAGAGUCAAAUUAUUUGCGAUCUUAGGCUCAAGAAUCUCUUUGGAAAACCACGUCUCGGACACAUUGAAAUGUUGAAGCUUAUAGAGUUCCACUUUCUUAUAAAAGAGGAUACCCAGAAAAAUGCUUUUAUACCAGCUGGAAUUGUUGGUGAUAUUUCUAGCCAUUUGGAGACUGAUGAAAGUAGCAUUAACUCAUCCUUGAUAAACAAAAAUAAGAAACGUAAAACAUGCAAAAAGGGUGAAGAAAAAGCUCCACAAGUUAGUCUUGAUGAGUAUGCUGCUAUUGAUGCUCAUAAUAUAAAUCUUAUAUAUUUGAGGCGUAGUUUGAUGGAAAAUCUCAUGGAAGACACACAGAAGUUCCAUGAUGAUGUUGUUGGGUCAAUUGUCCGGAUAAAAAUAACUGGUAGCGAUCAGAAGCAGGAUAUGUACAGGCUUGUCCAUGUUGUAGGUACAAGCAAGGUGUCCACACCAUACAAGAUUGGAGAGAAGACAACAGAUAUAAUGCUUGAAGUAUUGAACUUGGACAAGAAAGAAGCUGUAGCUAUUGAUACUCUUUCCAAUCAAGAGUUCUCUGAGGAUGAAUGCAGACGAUUACGCCAAAGUAUUAAGUGUGGGCUUGUAAAACGGAUGACUGUUGGUGAGAUACAGAAGAAAGCAAUGGCACUCCGACCUGUAAAACUCAAUGAAUCCUUGGAAACAGAGAUAUUGCGGCUCAACCAUCUUCGUGAUAGAGCAAGUGAGAAUGGACGCAAGAAAGAUCUCAGAGAAUGUAUAGAGAAAUUGCAGUGUUUGAAGACACCUGAGGAACGCCGUAGGAGAAUGCUUGAAAUUCCUGAGGUGCAUACUGAUCCAAAGAUGAACCCUAAUUAUGAAUCUGAAGAAGAUGCUGGAGGAUCCGAUGACAAGAAACAAGAUGAAAAUCUGAGGCAAAGAAACCCCAGGCUUAAUAAGAGUGGAAGCAAGCAAAUACCACCCCCCAUGAAGAAAGUUAAAGUGGAGGGGGCUGUUAUUGCACUCAUGGCUCAAAAUAAGCCAAAUGAAAAAAGACAGGCAUCUGGAGUACAUACUUUGGGGAACCGAGGAAAUCAGACUUCUGUUUGUGGUUCAGUGAUUAGUGGUCAGGUAGAUAAGUCAGUGGUUAGAUGUGGUUCUGAAACUUCAGUUGCGAGCCUUUCAACAGGAAAUUCAGCCCCUUCUAGUGAUGAUAGUGAAACAGAAAAAUUGUGGCAUUACCGUGAUCCUAGUGGUCAGAUACAAGGGCCAUUUUCCAUGAUGCAGUUGAGGAGGUGGAACAAGACAGGAUUGUUCCCACCUGAUAUGAGGGUAUGGAUUAGUGACAAGCAUAAUGAGUCAAUACUUUUAAGUGAUGCAUUGCAUGGGCAGUUUCAUAAAGCUUCUCAAAUUUUGGAUAAUGCAACACUCAAAGAUCAAGGACUUGAAGCAGCUUUGGAUAGCAGAGGCCAUGCUGGGUGGCAUGGAAGUUCAAAUGGAACAGUUAAAGAAAGCGAAGGGCACCAUAGUGAUGAUAAGGUCCAUCCAAAUGCUGUUAGGACGGAUGAGUUGAAGCCCCGUCCUUUGUUGCAAUGCUUGAAUUUACUGAAGGAAAAUAAUUCGUGUUCUGACAAACCUCAAGAAUGUAACAUGAUGCAUUCAUCCAGUGAUGGGCAAGUGCAUUUGGGUCUUGCACAACAGGAAAUAGGGCAUGAUAGUGGUGGGCUUCAUACUGAUAGUGAUACAGGUCAGGGAAAUCAGAAAUUGUAUGGUAACACCAUGUCUCAGCCAACUGACAUGGCCAGUCAUGAGAUGCAAUAUAAUAUGCAGAGCAUUAUGGGUCAAAUAUUUGGAUCCUUACCUGUAUCAAACUCAGAAAACACAGACUCUGGCACUCAUUUGGCGUCAGUUACCAAGUCAAGUGAUUCACCUGAUCAGAAUGGAAAAAUAAAUGUCUCAGAUCUUCCCAGUCCCACACCCAAGAGUACUUAUGAGAGCUGGGAAGUUCAAGCUGCAAAAGAACUACUUUCCUUAUCUUCAGAUUUUCCUUUUCACCGUUCAGGUAUCCAGGAUAUGCCAAGUCCACCACCAAAGGCAAGCAAUGAUAAUCAAUGUGGACAGACUACUGAAACCAAGGAACAUUUGCCUACAAAUAUUCCUGUUCAAGCUUCAGGUCCAAGCCAGAUUACUAGUCUAGUUGUUAAUGGGGUGCAACUUCCUGAAGUAACUGAGUGGGGCGGUAAUUCACCAACUCCAAAACCUUCUGUCGAGGAUUGGGAUCCUGGUCUUGUAUCUGUUUCAUCACUGAAACCACCAGAAGUACUUGGUGAUCAAGUUGCAACUCCUGCUUCAAAUGCGGACCAACUGACUCAUUCAUCUCCACCCUCAAAUGUGAUUGAGUUCAGCACUUUGGCUGAGGAGUCAGUAUCUGAUCUAUUAGCUGAAGUUGAUGCAAUGGAAUCACAAGCUCAAAGUGGUCUAGGUUCACCUACUUCAGCCAUGAGGUGCAGUGUAGACCUGAUGCAAUGGAGUAAGAGUGACUUCAGCUCCAUCGAGGAGAUGAGCCCUGCACUCGGUCCUGCCAAAAGUGAUGCUUAUAGCUCCACAGGGGAUAUACAAUUACCUUGUCAAUCACCUGUGACAAAUGAACUAGUUAGGCGAGGUCAGACAGAUGCUUUUGAUCCUCCAAAGAGGUGCAAUGGGCAUUCAUCUACCAGUAGUGAGGGAGAAACAAAAUCAACUGAUGUGUCCUUUAGUAAGGGGCACUCUGGUUCAGAAGUUCGUCUUCCUGUGCCUUGCACUGUGAGUCAAAAUACGGUAGUCUCAGCCAUGGAUCAAAGCAGAGGAUCAGAAGCUAUGGUUACCGGCUGGGGGACUACCCAAGGAAAUGCAAACUAUGGAGCACCCCAAUCAGUUCAGGGAUAUGCAAAUCCAGGUCCAGGUACCAGUCCCAAGCCAGCAUGGAGAAAUCCAAACACUAAUCGCAGUGCUUACAAUGGGAAUCCAGCAUGGGAUAGCCAAAGGAGGCACUCUGCAGAGAGGUUUCCUGGUCCAAGAGACUGGGCAUUUCAAGGAGGGCACUCAGGUCAUGGUAGUAGGAGUAGACCAGCGUGGAAUAGGCAAUCAUAUAGCGGCAGUGGUGGCGGUGGCGGAGGGCAUUCAAGACCUCCUCCCAAAGCACGGGUAUGUAAAUUUUACGAGAGUGGGCGUUGCAAAAAGGGUGCAUCAUGCGACUAUCUACACCCGUGAUUACUAUCCAUCAGUAUGCCGCUUCAACUGCAAUUACCUUUUUAUUGUUUAUUUUUGAUGUGCAAUCAAUUGUUUAGAGUAAGCUGCUCUAAAUGUAGCUAAUGUUUUUAACUCCCCUGGAAAUUAUUAGCUAAAUGGCAUAAAGUAAAUUUUUUUCCUUCCAAAUAAUGACAUACUAUCAU